AUGGAAGAAAAACGGGGAAAUAUAACGAAUUUUUGGUGCAUUUUUCUGCAUUCCUUUUUGCUGUUGUUUUUCGGGGAGCGGACUCUGGCAGAGCUACGCUACUCUAUUCCAGAGGAGAUGGCCACAGGAAAUAUUGUAGGCAAUGUUGCAAAGGAUUUAGGACUGGAGAGGAGCUCGCUAAGUGACAGGCGUUUCAGAGUGGUCUCGGGAUCCGCUGACGCAUAUUUCGAGGUAAACGCAGACAAUGGAGCCCUGCAGGUCCGAGGCAAAAUUGACCGAGAGGAGCUUUGUCAGGGGAGCGGCGCGUGCUUGAUGGAACUCAAGAUCCUUGUUGAGAAUCCUCUCGAGGUGCAUUAUGUAGUGGUGGAAAUCACUGAUGUAAAUGACCACAGUCCUAUUUUUUCUGAAAAGAAGCAGAUCUUUGAAAUAGCUGAACAUUCAUCUCCGGGUACACGAUUCCAGCUGCACGCAGCCACUGAUCCAGAUGCUGGAACUAAUUCUGUGCGCACAUACACACUAACGUCGAAUGAACAUUUUGAAUUGGAUAUUGUACAGAGUGAUGAUGAAAAAAUACCGUUUUUGGUCCUGAAAAGGUCGUUGGAUAGAGAACAGAAAAAUAAGCACUCCCUAUUUGUCACGGCAGUGGAUGGGGGAAAGCCUCAAAAGUCAAGCACACUUAACGUUACUGUUAUUGUGCUGGACAAUAAUGAUAACCGGCCUAUGUUUAAUCAAGACACUUACAAUGUAGAUUUAUUUGAAAAUGUAUUAGGCGGCACAAUAGUUGCCCGAGUAAAUGCAACUGACCCAGAUGAAGGUACAAAUGGUGAAAUAGAAUACAGCCUGAGUAAGACUUUAAUAAGCAAAGUGUCUGACAUUUUUGAAAUAGAUAGUUUGAGUGGCCAGAUUAAGUUGAAACGGCCUGUGAACUAUGAGGAAUCAGAGAUUUAUAAAUUAGAAAUUGAGGCCUCUGAUAAAGGAUCUCCUCCACUCACAAGCAGGUGUCGAGUGCUUGUAAAAAUAAAAGAUGUCAAUGAUAAUCAUCCAGUUAUAGAAUUGACAUCACUGUCAAAUAAAGUGUCAGAGGAUUCUAAGCCUGGUACGGUUAUUUCCCUCAUUAGUGUUUUGGAUAAAGACUCUGGUGUGAAUGGUAAAAUAAAUUUGCACAUCACCAACGAUGUACCUUUUGAAUUGAAACCUUCCUAUAAGGAGAACACUUAUUCGGUUGCCACAAAGAGGUUUUUGGAUCGAGAGGAGGUUUCUAGUUAUGAAAUAACUAUUAAAGCUACAGAUUGUGGCGAUCCGCCCCUGUCUAGUUUCAGGACAUUUGAAAUAGAGGUGUCUGAUGUUAAUGACAACAGUCCACAUUUUGACCAAAGCCCAUUCAAUUUUUACCUGUUAGAAAACAAUGUUGCUGGAGCAUCAGUAUUCUCCUUACGGGCAACAGAUAACGACAUAAAUGAAAAUGCAGUUAUUCAAUAUAAAAUAGUUCGAACUGAUAAAGACAGUAUAGCAACAUCUCUUAUGAGUAUCAAUUCUGAAAAUGGAGAUGUUACGGCACUGAAAAGCUUUGAUUUUGAGACUUUGAAAAGCUUCCAUUUCCAAGUGUUAGCCACAGAUGGUGGAAGUCCUCCACUGAGCAGCAACGUGACCGUGAAUGUGUUCAUUCUGGAUCAGAACGACAACACGCCAGUUAUCCUGUAUCCAGUCAGCUCCAAUGGCUCUGCUGAAGGUGUAGAGGAGAUUGCCCGUAAUAUGAAAGCAGGAGACCUCGUGACUAAAGUCAGAGCCUAUGAUGCUGAUAUAGGAUAUAACGGCUGGUUACUCUUUUCAUUUGGCCAAGUCACUGACCACAGUCUCUUUUCUUUGGACCGCUAUACGGGCCAAAUCAGAACAUUACGCUCGUUGACAGAGACCGAUGAGGCAGAGCAUCGACUGCCCAUACUGGUCAAAGACAAUGGUAACGUCUCGCUCACAGCAACAGCAGUUGUGACUGUCAAACUUGUGGAGCCCAAAGAGGCUUUUGCCGCUUCGGAUGUGAAAAGUGCCGCAAAACUGGAUCAAGAGGAGGACAAUGUGACAUUUUAUCUCAUCAUUACUUUGGGCUCAGUCUCACUCCUUUUUGUCAUCAGCAUCAUCGUGCUGAUCGCCAUGCAGUGCUCCAAAUCCACUGAAUACACCUCCAAGUAUCUCCAAGACACUAAUUAUGAUGGUACGCUAUGUCACAGCAUCCAGUACAGAUCAGGAGACAAACGUUAUAUGUUAGUUGGACCCAGGAUGAGUAUAGGUUCUACCGUAGUCCCAGGAAGUCAAGCCAACACUCUGGUGCUCCCUGACAGAAGGCACACAUCUGCCGAGGAUCUCUUUGUCAAAUGUGAUCCUCCCUUCUCUCUGGAGUGUUUUCACAAAAUAGUGCUUGACGCAUUUCGGAUGCAAGCAAGGAGUGACUAUUUGGUAUAG